AUCCAUUCGUGAUUCACCUUUUCACCAGUCACCGUCACCUCAAGUGUCGGGGGAGAGGUGCGAGUGUUCGACAUGCACGUUUGAUUUGCUGCUUUAUGAAUUGCGUCGAUCCAAGCACAAGCACAAGCACAAGCACAAGCAUUUUGGCACGCUCCCCCCGCUCCCAUCACCGCAUCAUCGCACAUCCGCUUGCUGCAUUCUGAUUCUGGUUCACGAUUAUUCUGACUCUGAUUCACAAUUCUGCAUCGCGGUCGACGACCAACAUAUAUAGCGCGCUACAGCGUUGCUUGCCGCCCCGCCCCCCCCACAUUCAGCCCGUCGGCACAUCGCACACCGCUCUCAGCGAAAGCCAGCUGGCUCAUUCCAAAAUGAGGCCGUUGAGGAACAGCGCAUCGCACGCACCUCGCAUCAUGGCAAGCAGAGGCAUCACCAACCUCAUCUCAUGCGUGAGCGUGGUCAUGGUGAUGAUGAUGUUGCUGCUGCUGCCAACGACGGUGCUCUGCGCCCUCUUUCCCGCCAACUCUGGCGUGGUGCAAGCGACGGGCAAGACGUUCGAUGCCGAAGUGCUUUCCAUCGAGAAGCCCACAUUCGUCGCCUUUACAGCUCCCUGGUGCGGUCACUGCAAGAACCUCGUGCCGCAAUACUCUAAAGCUGCCAAGUCGCUGGGCGGCAUCAUCAAAUUCGUCAAUGUAGAUUGCGACGAGGAUUCGAACAAGCAGACGUGCGCCAGGUACGGCGUGCAAGGUUUCCCCACCAUCAAGUUCUUUCCCGCUACCAAGAAGAGAUUGCCGAGGGAUUAUCGAGGCGAGAGGACGGCAAAGGAGUUGGCCAAGUUUGGCGCGGAAAGUCUGCCUCAGACGGCAAAGAAGCUGACCGCAGAGGCUCUCAUCGAUUUCGUCGAUGCCGAUCCAACACGUCCCUCCGUCAUCCUCUUCACCACCAAAUCCGUCUCUUCUCCCCUCCUCCGCUCUCUCGCCCUCGACUUUCGCACCCGCGUCCCGUUCGCAUUUGCUCGCGGGGACGAAGCGCUGGUUCGUUCGCACGCGCGACUGGACUUGGGCCUAGACAUUCCCACUGCCGAAGAUCUUCCCGUGCUGGUCAUCUUUCCAGCGCGCAAAGAAGGUCAGGAUUUCGAAAAGGGCAAAUUCGAAACGUACGAGGGCAAAUUGGCAUAUGCGCCUCUGAAAAAGUGGCUGGAUCACGUCGCUCCAAAGUUGGGUGCCAUGGACGAACGAGAGGCCAAGCGCGUGGCCCAACUCAAGGAGAAGGAAAAGGGUUCCGACAAGAAGAAGAAGAGCGCAAAGUCGGAAAAAGCUCAAAAGGCGGAGGAGGAGCGACAGAGGAGAGCUGCUGUGAAGAAGCAAGCUGCCAAGGAGCAAAAAGAGAGAGAAAGGGAGAGGGAGGAAGCUGUCAAGGCUUCCGGCAGCAGUGCGGACGAGCAGCUUCCAGAGGGAGCAACGUACGAGUGGAAAGCGGUGAAUUCGGAUCCGAAGAGCAAAAAGAAGGGCAAGAAGCUUCCAGUGCCUGUGAAUGUGAGGGACGAUGAGGGCAACAUUGUGGAUACGGUCGAGACGGAUGAGGAUGCUCAGCGCCUAUUGGGACGUGCGGGCGAAGGCAGCGGAAUGUUGGACAAGGACAGAGCAAGGCAAAUGAUCCUCGAUAUGCAGCGCCAAGCAGAGGAGACGGAAAGGCGCAAAGCUGCUCCGGAAAAGCAACCUGCGGAUGGUUGGAAGUUGGACAAGUCGUCAGAUGACUUUCCACCAGUCGAGGAGCAAAAGGACAACAUUUUUGAUUCGGCUGCAAAGCUCGUCAAACAGGCUGCCGAGGCUGGAAGCGAAGCUGCUGCUGAUAUUUUAGAUGCUGGAGCCGAAUUUGUGGAAGCGGCAGCUUCGAGCGGGUCCAGAGUGGUGGAGUCGUUGGCCGAAAAGCUGGGCAGUGCGGGCAAAUUGGAGGGCGAUGAGACGAGCGGACCCUUUGCGCGCAAACGCAAAGCUCUAUUGAAAUCCUUUGAGAGGUGGAUGACUUCGGAGCACAAUGAUUGGGCAGAGACGUACGGCGACGAGUUUGCAAAGGCGCAGAGGGAGGCUGAACAGCUUGCCCGCGAAGAUCCUCAAGAGGCCGAAAGGAUGGCUUGGCAAAACGAAGCUUGGCUCUUGGAGGAAUUGUCGGCUGAUAGAGACAAGAUGAAAGACGUCAUGACCCACGAUCAGUUGGCAGAGGUGGACAAGAUGAUCGAUCUGGUCAAAAGCAGGCUGGAAAAUAGGAGAGCAGUAGCUGGAACGCAUGAUCCACCACCUUCGAAGAAGGACAUACGGUCAGCGGACAGUGAGGCCGCAAAGCAACAAGGCUCACAGCAUCACGAUGAGCUGUAGGAGGCUGCACGCUGGUCAGAAUGUGCAUUCAUUCAGAGGUUCGGUCAUCCAUACGUAAUCCUCAGUGAAAGAACAGAACCGCAAUCUAUCAAUUGAUCAACCGA